GCAGAUAGAUGGCUUAAGGCAGAGGUGCACACUACAGAUCUGAUCGCAAGAAUUCAGCCCAAUCCCUCGUCUGAGGAGCGUCGAAACGCUGUGGCCAGCUAUGUCCAGCGUCUGAUUACAGAGUGCCUCUCCUGCCCAUUGGUAAUAGAUGGAAGUCGACGUGGUCUUGUUCUGGUUCUGAUUGAGGAAGUUGAGCACCGUGAUCAUAGGCGUUCAGGACAUAAUGAAGAUUGAGGAUUUACAGAGGCAAGUCGUAGAUUUACAGCGACGAUGGGAAUUUAAAAGAUUGCGAGAUCUUAGAUUGUGACUCUGAGUCUAUCUCUGAGAAUCUGUAUCACCAUAGGGCUACAUACCAGGAAUGUUGUGGUCGGGAGGAGCCUCAUGGAGACUUCAAUUUUCGGGUUGAUUUGCUCAAAUUUUCUAAGGUUUCGUUGAUUGGAUCAGUAAAGUGGAGCGGAUCUUUGAUUAUGAUUGAAAGUUAAAUUGGUUGCCUUUAAACUCAGAGGUCUAGCACUGGUAUGGUGGGAGCACUUGUGACUCUCACGGGACUGACAAGGCAAUGCCAAGAUUAAGGAUUGAGAGAAGAUGAAAGAUCACUUUUUUCCUUUCGGAUACACUCAAUUUCUAUCUCAUCAACUUCAUACAUUGAGGCAAGAUGUAAGUUCCCAACAUGCCGUAGUUGGUGAAAAGUCACAAUACCGAAAGCCAAUGACUAAGGGUGAUCAAAACCGUUGGCCAACUUACCUUCAGUAUUUGCGUUCUAUCCGGCAGUCACCACAUGAUAAUAAUUUAUUAUUGAGGAAGGCGGGGGAGACGAGACCGAGGUGAAUAAUGACCCAAUCUAUGACGAAGAUAAAGUAGAAGAAAUUAUCGAAGAAGUUGAUGAUGUGCUUCAUGGUGAGACAGUGCAGCUUGUAAGUUAUCCAAAAGAUGUUUUUGGCUUCUCAUGACAGUCCAACUUUGAAUUAUUCACCGGACAAGGUAGCCACAUCAGAAAGUUCUUCUGCGAGCAUUCUUGAGAUGGCAAUGCAAAGCACAUCACCAACAAAUAAUGUUGGAUCUAGGGGAACAUGUAUAAUGGAGGUUCAGUGGAGUGUCUUCAGUCUUGGCACACAGCAGUUUGACAAUGAUGGGUUGGAAACUUCUUCAGAUUUCUUUGUUGAGAAUGUCAAUCCAUCCUCUGACAAAUUGAAUUCAAAUGCUGAUUUUAAUUUUCUCCAUGUGGAAAAUCAUGUUAAAAACGUGGACACACACACACACACAUUCCCAGAGUAAUCAAGAGUUGCAGCUUUUCAGUUCAGUUAUUGAUCAGAACACAAGUGGUGUAGAUGCACAAUACUGGGAGACUUCACCCUGGUUGGAAGUAUGAUUCAAUCACUGGGCAAUGGUAUCAGUUGGAUGGCUAUAAUAAAAGCAUAAUUACACAAGAUAAUUAUACAUCAUCAGGAGUAGAUUCACAGGGAAAUUUUAAUGACAGUGUAGAAGCUGCUGCUGCCACUUCUAACUUGGGUAGUUCAGAAGAUCUAUAUCUUCAGCAAAUUUCGCAGUCAGCCCCGGAGACCAUAGCUGAAGAAAGUACAUCGGCUAAUACUGCUACAACUUACAAUUGGGACAUUGUUUAUCAGGAGAACAUGGAAUUCCCUCCUAAUAUGGUCUUUGAACCUCAGUUUCCAGGGUGAUAUUAUGAUACCAGCCCCCAGCAGUGGUAUACCCUGGAGUCGUACACUCAGAUUACAAAAAUACCAAAUGUAGCUCAGAAUGAGGGUAUUGCUUCAGCUGGCUUCUUAGAAGGGAGCUCUAGUGUAUAUGAUGAAGUUGGUCGACCUGAUCAAAGAACUGAUAUAUCCCUAGGGAGCCAAGAGUUUGGCACUGGGCUGAUCUAUCAAGCAGCUACCCUCAUCAGCAACAUGCUGUAGGCGAAACAAAUUGGCAAAAAUAAAUUUUCUCAAAACCAGCAGAUGCAGAGCUUUUAUAACCCAAGAAUUAUCUUCAAAAUCUGCACAUAGAAUGCAACAAAGUUUAUCCAACAUCUUUUUAGGCAGUCAUAACACAGUUGGCUUUCAACAGUCAUCAUUUUAAGAUACAAAGGCAAUAAGACAUGAAGCUUUCACACACAUGGAUGACCAGAAAGAAUUUGUGCAAACUGAGCUGAAUGAUUUGUUUCCACAUCUUCUUGUUAAUAUUGGUUCUGGAGUUAGCAUUAAUAAGGUGGAGGUGAAAGGGGAAGUCAUAGAAGUGCUAGAAUGGUUUAAAUGUCAUCUUCCAAUACUUGAUUGUGAUCUGCUUAUAGGGGAGAUUUUUUGAGAAAUUUGCUGUAAAAGAAAACAGGGAGUUCCAAAGUAUGAUGGGAUACUCAAAUCAAUUCCUUAACAUCGGGAAACAAAACUCAAAAACAUUUAACUUCCCAAUGGCAUUUCAAAAUAUAUUUCCACAUCACUAAGUUGCAAAUGUGGUUGUUUCUGAUCGUGUGGUCGACUCACCCUAUUGUCGGGAGAUUAUGGAGAUUCAAUCAAUUUGCAAAAGAAGAUGAAGUCCAGCUAGUAGAUUUUAUCGAGUUGAUACCACCGGACACUACUUUAAACUCGAGAUCGGUUUGUUUUUUUCAAUUCGGGGCGACUAAUGCAGGAAGAUGAUGAUUUUUAUUAUUUUUAGUUUUUUUUAAUUUCUGGGUUUUUUUGGUGUUUUAGGUAUUUUUGGUAAAUUUUAUCUUUUAUAUUUUUGAAUUUUGAGUCCGUUUAACGAUUUUUAGGAUUAUGAAUCUGAAAUUUUCUUUUUUGUUAGGAUUUCUUUCAUUUACAAGUUUGAAAUUUGGGUUUAUAUUGUAAGAUUUCUUUUCUUUCUUUGUGUCUUAGGGUUUAGAGUCUAUAUAUUUCAUUUUUUUUGGUAAAACCUAGAGAACGGUAGGUUUCUCUUUGUUUUUGGUUGUUUCUCUUUUUACCUUCUCAAUUCUCCAUUUUCGUCAUCUCGCAGGAUAAUCGCUAUCUGCUCGAGCAUGUGUGUGAUUGCCAUAGUACUAGCAAUUUGAAAAUGCACAUUCAUCUAUGACCAAACGAAUGUGCUACGGUAAAAUGCUUGCAUGUCUACCAAUGAGUCAACUCAAGGUUUUCACAUUUGGGUCAGUUCCUCUCAAGACCUAUUUACCUGAUGGAGACAUAGACCUUACUGCAUUCGGUGAUAAUGAGAAUAUGAAGGAUACGUGGGCUGCUGCAGUCUGUGCUGUAUUAGAGAAAGAAGAGAAAAAUGAAAAUGCUGAAUUCCAAGUAAAAGAAAUUAAAUAUAUCCAAGCUGAGGUAAAGCUUAUAAAGUGUCUCGUUGAAAAUAUUGUCGUUGAUAUCUCUUUUAAUCAAGUUGGUGGUCUAUGCACACUCUGUUUUCUGGAAGAGAUGGACAAAGUAAUAGAUCGAAAUCAUCUAUUCAAACGGAGCAUUAUAUUAAUCAAAGCAUGGUGUUAUUAUGAAAGUCGAAUAUUGGGUGCUCAUCAUGGUCUUAUAUCAACAUAUGCAUUGGAGACACUGGUGCUUUAUGUAUUUCAUGUCUUCAAUAAUUCAUUUCUUGGUCCACUUGAGGUCUUGUAUCGGUUUCUGGAAUUCUUUAGUAACUUUGAUUGGGACAACUACUGUAUUAGUCUUAGGGGACCGGUACCUAUCCGUUUCCUUCCAGAUAUUUCUGCGGAGCCUCCUCGAAAAGAUGAUGGCAAAUUGUUGUUUACCAAAGACUUUAUUGACAAAUCCACUGCAGAAUAUUCUGUCAUGCCUGGUGGACAAGAAAAUCACAGCCAACCUUUUGUUUCGAAGCAUUUUAAUGUUAUUGAUCCUUUAAGGACAAACAACAAUCUUGGACGCAGUGUGAGCAAAGGCAAUUUCACCAGAAUACGUAGCGCUUUUGCAUUUGGAGCCAAAAGAUUAGCGAGGUUACUUGACUGCCCAAAAGAUGCUAUAAUUAUGGAAUUAAAUGAGUUUUUUACUAACGCAUUGAUAAGACAUGGUACUGGUAAUCGUCCUGAUGUUCAUAGCUUGAAUUUACAACCUUUUCAACAACUGAAAACUCUUCCAAUUGAUUCAAAAAACCUAAACACCAGUACAAGUGUCCAAAAGAAAUUUGAGAAUGGAAUAUGGCGAGUUGUUGAGGAGCAUUUCCCUGAAACUAGCCAAAGUUCUCUUAAUUCAGUUAAUGAAAUGAUUUGUAAUCAGGAAAUGUAUAAGGCUAACACUUUAUCUGUAGUUGCUCAUGAUGAGUGUCAGACGAGUCGCAUAAAACAGAUCAAUUCAGGAUGUAUUGAUCAACUGGGAAGAAGCCAUGGCUCCACAGGAUUUGUUCAAAGUAGCAAAACCCAGAAAACUUUGAAAUCUAAUUACUCUGUCAAUCCAUGGCAAGAGCAGGGUAAACUUCAUUUUGUGAGGACUAGAUCUAGUCCUAACCUGACAGAAACAUGUUUGGAUUUAUCUCGAGCAAGGCAUAGUAGAGCAAUGGAAACAGUGAAAGUACAAAGCCAAGUAAAGUUUGAUUCUGGUAUCAGUAGGAAAAACAUGGGAUCUGAAAUGACAAGCAGUCAUAAUUCCAAGUCUUUUGAUGAUUAUACAUCAAAGUGGCAGAUUGCAUCACACAAAAACUUUGAUAUGGCUUUUGACACAAAUAAUGUUUCAAAUAGCCAUCAGGGUUAUUGUGGAUUUUCUAACAUGGGGGAUGAACUUGCUUCUGUAUCAGAGACCUUGGAAAUGCAGCAGGAAGAACAAGACUUGGUGAACAUGAUGGGAUCUUCUGAUAUUCAUAGUUUUAAUGGACAGGUUACAUAUCAAAUGCCUAUAGCUGCAUAUAGUUUGCCACUAACAUUUUCGCCUGUUCCAACUUCAAUGGGUUAUGCUAAGAGAAAUUUGGAUGGAGUUCUGCCUUCAAAUUUGCCUCCUAUUGGGGCUCCCUGGAUGGAGUCUAUGCAAUUUAAUCAAAGUCUUACUUCCUUCCCCCUUUAUCAUUACAUCAAUGUUGCAACAUUUAGUUCAAAUGCAGAUGCCAUUAUUGAUUCUUCUAAUGAUGGUUCUGCAGUAGUGGAGCUCAAGGCAGAUGAAGUUGGUCACAACCACUUGAAGGAAGACGAGGCUGUACUCUCCAGAGGGUCUAAUCCUGGUCACGAUGUUUCUCUUGACAAAAAUCAACAGAAACUAAAAGGCAGUUUGACCUUAAGUCCCACAGCAAGAGACAUCAAUUAUUGUUUGACCACAAGUCCCACAGGUAGAGGCAUCAAAUCUGGUUUGUCACGGGAAUAUGAUAGGGUAGGCAGAGAAGAUAGAAGUUCGAUUAGAGAAGAUACUAAUGCCUCAUUUCAACCCAAAACAACUAAAGGUGAUGAUAUUCAAUCUAAUUCCUGGACUGCAAAUCCUAAGCUUUUCCCUCUGGCGCUGGCACAUUCUUCUAGAGGUAAAUCUGUAUUAGAAAAUCAUAGAGACAAGCCAUCUGCAACCUCAGAGUCUGCCAGGGAGAAAUGGGGUAGAAGAUCAAGUUCAUCAGUUUCACCAUCCCCUCAUGGAAAAGACAACGGUAGAUUGCAAUUUGAGGGUUCCUCUGACAAUGGCUUGGUCAAGGUAAAUAAUGAUGUUCCAGAUUGGAUAUCCUCAACUGCAGGAAAUGAUAUGCCUGAAAGAGUCACAGAAUCAGCAUCUUUGGUUGCAUCAGUUUUGAGAAGCCAGCAUCUACUGGGUCAUGAAUCUGAGCAAAAUCAAUCAGAUUCAUUGACCCCUUUUGCACCAGUUCUUGUUGGCACUUCCGAGCAGAGGGUUACAGAUUAUUGCAAGUUUAUCCCUACAUUUGUUGCUACCGGUCCACCAGUUCCAUACUUGGUAUUUCCCUUUGGUAAUUUCAUGCCCAACUCUGGAAAACCAGAUGGAUAUGCAGGGCAAUUGGAUAGGGAGGAAGAGUCAGAUCAGUUUCAAGCAAGUCCUGAACACAACAUUGAUUUAUUGGAGAACCUUGAGCAAUCUAAGGCUAUAGUGAGCCCAACUGUCUCAAGGAAUUCUGCUUCUGAGUUCUCCAAGGAAUCUGCUUCUGACAUUCUAAACAGUGACCUCAAUGGCCAUCAGCAAAAUCUAGUAUAUGGACGGUUCUGCCAAAACCCUUAUAAUGGAACUUUAUUCUACUCAUCGCCACCUUUUGUAGGGUCACAAAUCUAUCUUCCCAGUCAUUAUCCAUGUGAUGGUCCUGGCAGAUCUCUCACUGCUAAUCUGAACUAUGCACCACCUAUGGGAUACAGUUCUCGUUUGAUGCCUGUUAUGCCACUCCAGUCUGGUCCUGGUGGGACCUUUGUUGCCUUCCAACAUAAUGUAGAUGAAGCACCAAAACAUCGUGCUGGUACUGGAACUUACCUUCCCAAUCCUAAGGUUUCUUAUAGAGAUCGACAAACUAAUUUGAGGAAUCGUGGGAGCCGGAACUAUGACCAUAAUGAUCCUGGGGACAGACCAAGAGCUUUUGAUCGCCAUCACAGCUGCAACCAAUCUGAUAGAGCAAGUAGUCGGCCUGACCGCCUUCCUGCAGCCAAAAAAUCAUGAGGAUAAAAAGAUGGGAGUCAUACAAGCUUGAGCCUCUCAUCCACAGAGAUCAUGACCACCCAUUUGCAUCUACAAAUUCACCGAAUAACCUAGAAAAUGCCAUGGCAUGUACCUGCAAUUUGCUUCCAGUUUGAAUGGUGUUCUUCCAACUGACCAACUAAUGCCUCCUGUUGUAUUCAUGUGCCCAUAUGAUCCAGGAAUUGUAAAUGGUUAGCCUGCUGACCGACUUGAGUUCAGUUCUCUGCGGGCUCUGCAUCUACCUAAUGGCACAAAAGAAACCCUAGAAUAGGAGUUUCAGAAGGUGAAUGGGAGAUAAAUCAUAUGGCCAGCUUAUAGUCGAUCGUCAAGUGAUUAAAGAAUGGAAGGAGUUUUUUCUCAAGGGCACGUGCCCACAUAGAGGUUCUCAUUCUUCUCCAGAUCAACCUUCUUCAGCAUAACUAUAAAUGUUACUCAUUUCGGUUGUAGUUUUUCCAAAAUUUUCUUCUGUGUACAUAUUCAUGUUGUAGCUUAUUUUUGAAGGCAGAAAAAGAAAAUGAAAAUACGGUAGAAGCAAAUAAAGACAUCACUGACAUGAAUGUCGUCUUCCCAGGUGGUCUUGUUAAUGCUUCCUUUUCAAUUCCCUUGUCUUAUAGUCACAACUUUGCUGAUC